AUGCAAUUAACAUUUAUGCUGUCAAUCCCAUUUGUGUACAAUUUUUCAUUUAUUGUUAUUUCAAAAAGUUUAAAUAUUAUUGAAACAUCAUGGUGUUUCAAUUUUACGUUUUAAUGCUGGGCUUAUUUUUGCUGGUGACUAAAACAUUUACUAGUCUUAUUUUACCGAAGGUGUGUAGUCAAUCAACAGAUGCGCUUGAUACAGUUUUUGAGAGCACGGGCCUAAUCGAGCCGGGAGAAUGCAUAUUCGAGCUUACAUUAAAACCGAAAACUUGUGGUGUAAGGAUCGGAUUCGAUAAGUUUUUGUUCAAUCAACCCGUCAAAAAGGAUAGCACGUCUGCGUACGUAUGCGCAGCGGAUCUCGAUUUGCUUGAGUUGAGUGGACUCGGAUUGCCAAACAUUGACUUGUCCGUGCUGUGCGGCGAUUUAUCCGGCCACCACAUUUAUUUGCCUACAAAGGACUAUGACGAACUGUUGCCGCUUAUAGAUGUGAAAAAACUUAUCCUCAAAGUGAUCCACGUCCUCGUCCCCGAUGCACCAACACCGUUGUGGAAAAUUAGAUUGACACAAUUGCCGUGCCCGGGAGAGAUUGAACAAGAUAAAAAGUCAAUAUUCAGUUUACCUCCGAUGGGUUGUUUACAGUUUCACGAAAAACCAGAAGGAAUAAUUGAAAGCUUAAACUUCGCAAACGGCAAGGGACAUUACAUGGCUGAAAUGAACUAUGCUAUAUGCAUCAAACGACAACCGGACACAUGUGGAAUUAAGUUUCAGGCGUUAGACUUCCAGCUUGCUAGUAAUGCCAAUUCAUCAGAUUACACAGAACGAGAUUGUGAUUCGCUCGGUUUAGGUGUCGACGUCCUGGGAGUUAGUAAAUUGCUUAACAAGGACUAUGUGAUCAUUCCCGAUGGCGUGCGCAUUAACAAUGGUUUGAAAACUUACGCAUCCAAGUUCUGCGGCUCAUCACUAAUGAAACAAGAAGUUAUUGUUGUAACAAAAUGUCCACUUUAUAUUGGCGUUGUCACCGACAAACUAAACGAUGUGAAUCAAAAGGAAGUAGGAUUCAAGAUUAAAUACCAACUACUGAACGAUUGCACACUAUUAGAUUUGUAAUUCGAUUUAUUUGUUUAUUCACAUAUUAUCCAAGUAGUAGCAUAAUAUUUAACAAAAACUAACAUAUAAACUAAAAAUUUAAGUGACAACAAUUAUAAGAUAUGAAUAUUAUGGCUAACAAUAAUUUGAUAAAAUUAGUAAAUAAUAAGAAUCUCACUUCUUUUUCUUGUAAUUCGAUGUAUCUAUUCUAUGCAAUACAAUAAGCACAUUCAAUGUUAUACGCAUACGCACACUGAUAACACACUGAUACAUAAUUGUUGAAACUGGAAAAUACAUAAGAAAUAUUAAACCAUA